UAUUCAGAGGUGGUACUUUUCAACCUGUUCGUUGCUGUUCGUCACAUGACAGGAACGGAGUAGACGGUAAGGGCGGAAGGUUUCCUCGCCGUGAUCGAAACGGUGCGAGUUAGAGAGCGCCGCUUCAACGCUCCGAAAGGUUUUCCAUUCUUUGCCCGCUUCAAGAAAUAACGGACUCCCUGUUGCACGGGAAACAUUACAAACAAUGAGAUACCUAUUGGGCUACACCUUUGCGACCACAGCAUCGGCUACUAUUGCUGUACUAGUUUUAUAUCAUGUAUUUACUGGAAAAGGAGAGCGUGUUAGUAUUGCAUGGUUUUUGGAAAAUACGUCACCAUACAUGUGGGCAACUUUAGGCAUUGGAUUAGCUGUAGCUUUAUCUGUUGUUGGAGCUGCCUUAGGUAUACAUACAACGGGUGUUUCUAUAAUCGGAGGAGGAGUAAAAGCACCACGAAUAAAAACCAAAAACUUAAUUUCUGUUAUAUUCUGCGAGGCCGUAGCCAUUUAUGGCUUGAUCACUGCUAUAGUACUAUCUGGUAUGCUGGAAGAGUUUACCUAUAUCCCAGGAGAAGUCCCAGAAGAGAUAAGAAAUCAGAAUUGGUUAGCUGGUUACCUUAUGUUUGGUGCUGGCCUUGCAGUGGGGCUUGUUAAUUUAUUCUGUGGAAUAGCAGUUGGCAUAGUGGGGUCCGGAGCCGCUCUCUCUGAUGCUGCAAACUCUGCCUUGUUUGUUAAGAUUCUUAUUGUCGAAAUUUUUGGAUCGGCCAUUGGUCUUUUUGGCCUUAUCGUUGGCAUAUAUAUGACAUCAAAAGUCAAGAUGGGUAACAAGAUUUGAGCAUAUUUGAUUGUUGCUCGAUGCAGUGUAUGAAAGGGAUCUUAAGGAUCUGUGUGAAGGCGCAUGUAUGUAUGUAUAUAUACAUGCAUAUAUAUACAUAUGUGUAUAUUGCAUUGUUCCAUGUAGUUCAUAAUAUCCAUUACUGUUCAACCAUCGAACUUAUUGUUCUUCCGUAAAAUCUUCAUUGAGGAUUAAACGGAAAAGAAGCAACUAUUUCAGUUGCUCCUGUGGUACUUCUGUUGCCCAUACUCCAAAAUGUGAGCUAUUCGAUGGAAAGAUUUGUACUAACUAAGGAACCAACCCGUUUAGGCGCUAAGCUCAUUAUACCGUGCUGCAGUUUCCGCACAAGUAUUUCGGUGUCUGCUCUUGGGUGUGUUAAGGCAGGCUAAAAUCUAAAUUGCUUAUUACAUUCUACUUUCCGUACAUUUAGUAUGUUGUGCAAUAUUUUAUUUGCAUCACAAAGCCUGUAAUUAACACUUCCAAAACAAGAGUUUAUCUAUGAUUACAAUAAUUAUGAAAUGUUCGAGUUUAUGUUAAAGUACAUACAUACAUCUCGUUUUUGAGAAUGAGCGUUUUUAAAGUAUGUAAAUUCUCGUCAACAUAAGAGUACGAACUACACUUAAUUAAUCAUCAAUGAUUUUAAUUGCUAUUUAAAUAUCCAGACGAAGCAACGUACGAGCCUAUUUUGAGAAAAAUACGAACUAUAUUUACAUAUAUAUAAUGUUCCACAACUAUUCACUUAUGUAAAUAGUAUCAAACCAACAUGUAGAAAUAUGUUUCAAGUAAAGUAAUCAAUUGGUCGUUUAA